AUGCAGGGACUGAGCUCCCGGGCUCACGCCUUUUCGGUGGAGGCGCUGGUCGGGAAGCCCUGCAAGAGGAUCAAAGUGUCGGAGGAGCACGAGCCGAGCAGCGCUGACGCCAGCGGCGAUAGGAGCAUCUUUCCCGACCAGAAUAAAUAUCCCACCAACCAGCUACAGAAAGCAUGUCCGACACCGAGGAGGGGAGAUGACCCCUCAGCCUGUGACCCGCAGGGACAGACUGACAGAUCACAGACUGAAGACUCUGACCCGAGCAGCGAGGAGAAGAAGCCGAAGGAGAGCGACUGUCGGCCGGACAGAGAGGUCCGAGUAGAGCUGCAGGGCUCCGAGCUGUGGAGGAGAUUCUACGAGAUCGGCACCGAGAUGAUCAUCACUAAAGCCGGAAGGAGAAUGUUUCCUUCUGUGCGCGUCAAGGUGCGCAAUCUGGACCCUUGCCAGCAGUAUUAUAUCGCGAUGGACGUCAUGCCCGUGGACUCCAAACGUUACAGGUAUGUGUACCACAGCUCGCAGUGGAUGGUGGCUGGAAACACGGACCACUCCUGCAUCUCGCCGCGGCUCUACGUGCACCCGGACUCGCCGUGCGCAGGAGAGACGUGGAUGCGUCAGGUCAUCAGCUUUGACCGAGUCAAGCUCACCAACAACGAGAUGGACGAUAAGGGACAUAUCAUUCUUCAGUCGAUGCAUAAAUACAAGCCACGUGUACACAUCAUCAAACACAACCCUCGCAUGGACUUGUCUCAGAUCCAGUCGCUGCCUGCUGACGGAGUGCACAGCUUCUCCUUCCCAGAAACAGAGUUCACCACAGUCACAGCCUACCAGAACCAGCAGAUUACAAAACUGAAGAUCGACAGGAACCCCUUCGCCAAAGGCUUCAGAGAUCCAGGAAGGAAUAGGGGAGUGUUGGAUGGCCUGCUGGAGUCAUAUCCCUGGAGAGGCCCUUUCAGCCUGGACUUCAAGCCUUUCACCAUACAGCUCCAAGGGAGCUCAGGGUCACCCACCAGCAGUGUGAAGAGCCUCCUCCCCGUCUCUUCAUCUUCAUCCCUUCACCCGCUGUCCUGCCAGGACGCUGCUGUCCACGCCUUCACUCUCCCCCUCUACAGCAAGACCUCCACCACCUCACCCAGCAUUUCCUCUCUGCCCAGCAGAGCCUUCUCCUCCCUGGGAGCAGACAGACUGAGAGGCUUCUCCCCUCUGCCUCCUCUCACAGACCUCCCGCUGUUCUCUGCGCUGCAGGGGAAGAAACCGCCCCACUGCAGGGACCCGUGUCCUCACGAGUCCCCGGGGUCUCCUUGCCUGCUCCCCUUACACUGCCCUCUCAGCCCUCAGAGCUCUCCUCUCCCCCCACAUCUCUCAGACACUGUAAGCCCGUAUUGCCUCUACCGCUACAGCUUCCCUCUGAACCCCCAACUCGCAGCCAUUUCCCGGCACCCCAAACUAGCCGAAAACACUACAGACUGUCUGCUGCGCCAGCCUCCCUGGCUCCCGACCACCAACCACUGCCUCUGACGGCUGGACCGCACUUGCGGGCUCCGGCCCAUUGAGC